ACAAGCCCGAUAGAUGGCGCUUUGACAGAAGACAGUGACAGUGCCAAUUGCGUGUGUUAAGGAUAAUCUUUCUUCCUCUACCGUUUUCCCCACCACCGCCUCUGCUCUGUGCUCUAGGAAUACCACCCUCACUCCUGUUCCCUCUCUUACCACUUCUCCUGUUCUCCUCCCACCACCUAAACCUCUAUCAUCGAGGGUGAGUAUAGCUGUUUCUGGCGGCCAUAUUUGUGUGUCUGUUCCCCCUCUCGUCCUCCCUCUGUGUCUCCUUCCGCCAAAUCUGUUCCAGAACGUUCCCCCAUUUAUACCCGUUCUCUGGUGGCAAAGAACAAGUCCUCCACUGCUCCUAUUAAAAUUCCUAAUCAGACAUUCUAUAAUUCGGAGCGCCGUCGUCUGAAUGGGGAUUCUUCCUCUUCUCUUGUUCCUCCUCCGCCGGGGUCCGCCAUGUUGUCUACUAAUAAAGAUUACGAUAAUUUAAGUUUAAAAUACAUUAUUAGGUCAACGGCCAAUGUAGACCGUGCGACAGUGUGCUCGCCCGCGAAUAGGCCUCAACCGGCUACUGCCACAACAACUAGGUCAACGGCCAAGAUUAUUGGCCAGUUGAAGCGCACCAAUAACACUGCUCCUGGCAUGGACGGAAUUACCUAUAAGGACAUCAAGAAGUUUGACUGUAAGGGCAUCCUACUUCGAGCCUUCGAGACUCUUUUGGCACCACGGACAGGUCCCUUACUGCUUAAAAAGACCGCGUACCAUGAUGAUCCCCAAGAAGGAUCUGGACGCCUCGGUUCCGUCCAACUGUAG